AUGAAGCCCAAGAAGUUUGAUUACACUUCAUCAGUUCCUAUGAGUCAAAUGUCGAAUACGUCAUCGUCAUCGUUGUUGUCUUAUUUCAACGCCUAUAAUCAUGAUCAAAUAGAUAGCUCAUCGCCCUCUCACUUUAACAUCUAUGAACAGGAUAUUAUAUCUGAUUUUUUACUACCUUGUUUUAAUACAUACGAACUCGCCUUACCUUAUUUUAGCUAUGAACAUAAUAUUGAAAACAUUUUAUCAUUUUAUCCAAAUACCUAUAAGUAUUAUGAUAAUAUAAAUACUUCGUCGUUACCUUAUCCUGGCCCCUAUAGAUAUAAUAGUGCUAUGUCAACUUAUAUUAAUUUCCAAGCUCUAGUAAUGCAUUAA